AUGUCAGACCCUAUUCCCUCCGCGACAGCAAAUCCUGAUGCUUCAGCCCAGCAUGUGCCUUCCAAUGCCGAAGAUCGGAAAGCCGCUGCUGCCCUCGACUCGCUGAACCCGGAGGAAGUCUCCAGCGACUCGACUGCUCCCCCAGGGCCCACCAAUGCCCAGCAGGAAGCUUUGAACAAGGCGAUGAGCCGGCUGGAAGUCGCUGCUGGGCAAACUCCAGAUGAUAAGAAGAAAGUGACCGGAGCACAGAAGAAGGAGCCUGAAGCGCCGAGAAAGGUGGUCAAGGUCAACCCGGCUGAUGUGACUUUAUUGGUCGAACAGCUUGAGUUGAACAAGAGUAAGGCUACGGAUCUACUCCGAGCCAACGAAGGAGAUGUAAAUCGUGCCAUUGAGGCGUUUAUUACACCUUCGAUCCGAGUAUGA